AUGGCUCCAGCUGACAACCCCAAAGUCACAUUCAGUCUUGCCCAAGCCGAAGCUGUCAGGGCGGCCAUAGAGCACUGGAGCGAGCGGAAGCUGGAAGGCCCUGCGCUUGCCUCAGAAGUUCUCUUGACCCUCAGAGUCGAGAAUCACUCUUUCCAAUGGCAGCGCUUUGCAAAGUAUGCCUUUCGCCUGGUCCUCAUCAGCCUUGCUAUCGCCCUAGUCACCCUUUUGUGCGACAUCAGGUUAAUUCUAUUCAUUAAACACGUCUUGGCGCCGUCAGCAUGGCUGCGCAGCAUCUUGCCGGCCCUCGGCGCCGUUGUGGUCCACGUAUGGGGUUGCCGGCGUCAGGUCGAAUAUCCGCUGCAGGUGUGGACGAACGAGGCUGUGCACGGGCUCGGGGGCCUUCUAUUCGGCCUGUCCGCGCAGCAGUUUCUUGAGGCACUCGAUGCCGUGUACCCGUUCGAGGAGGAUCGGCUACAUUGGGUGCUGUUGCUGCUAGUUGGAAUAUACAGCGUCACGGGGGUUGUUGCCGCCUCGAAUUUCAUAUGGUCGUGCGGCAUCAUCAUUACCGGGUUUUGGUUCGCUGCUAUCACAGCCUACCUGUCCGGUUCCGAUGAUUACUUCUUGGGAAUGAGCCAUCCUUUGCGCUUUGUGCUUUUCGGACUGGUCAUCAUUAGGAGCGCGUACGCCAUGCGCCUCUGGGACCCGACGGCCGCGCUGUGGCGAACCACCUGGAUCUGGGGUCUGCUGUGCUUUUUUAACGCGCUGUGGCUUCUCUCGGUUAUCGGAAACGACUAUGACUUCUGGCGAAGUAAAAGCAUCAAGACAACUCUCGCCUGGUCUGCUGUCUCUGCCUUGGCGGCCGGCUGCUGUGUUAUACACGGACUGCGCUACCGGGACGGCACAGUGAAGGGCUUCGGGUUGACCUUCCUGGGCAUCAACUUUUUCACCAAAUUCUGCGAAAUUCUCUUUGAUAUCUUGAAUACCCCGGUAUUCUUUGCGAUUUUGGCUGGGUUCUUAGUAGGUACCGGUCGGUACGCUGAGAAUAUAUGGAACAUGCAGUUGGCGUUCUGA